CGUAGUAUGUGAACGGCCACUUCUACAGAAUUACAGCCCAGCCAAAGAGGUUUUGUUCGUAAAAAAAGAUAAUUUAUAAUUUAUGUUUGGUUUUCUCCGUAUGCAUGAGUUUCUUGAGUGGGGAAACACAGCAACUAUAUAUAUGGUAACACGAUUUUAAGAAACUUCAUUAUAAUGUAUUAUUACUAAACACGAAUCUCAAAAAUAACAAAACAUGUAUACACCAAUAAUAUUUUUUCUACUGUUAUGUAAAACAGUAUAUUCUAUUCCAAGUGACAGCAGCAGUUUAGUGGUGUCAACUACGGAACCUGCAAAAGAAAAAUCUGCAGAAUCUUCAAAUGAUCUUCAAGUUAGUCCUCAAAUAUAUUCUAUGCAAAUUACCGCUAAUGUGAGUAACCGUUUUGCAAGAACACUUAUCACUAGUAGAGUACGAAAUUUGAAGAAACAAGCACAAGAAACCACUUUUUCAGUCAUUCUUCCCGAAAAUGCGUUUAUUUCGGAAUUUGAGAUGGAAAUCGAUGAAAAAGUAUACAAAGCUUACGUCAAAGAAAAAGAAGAAGCUAAAAAGAUAUACGAACAGGCCGUAAUGAGUGGACAAAGUGCAGCGCACGUUGAACUGAGUGCAAGAGAUUCCAAAACAUUUACAGUCUCAGUAAAUAUAGAACCCGAAAGUAAAACAAUAUUUAGACUGGUCUAUGAAGAACUUCUUGAACGACAAGUAGGACAAUACGAACUCGUUAUUAACAUUCAUCCAGGACAAAUUGUUAAGGAUCUGGGAGUUCAGGUUAAUAUCAAUGAGAGCAGACCGUUAAAUUUUGUAAAAACACCAUCUUUACGAACAGGAAAUGAAAUAAGCAAAAAUGAUGACAAACUAGACCCAUCUGCAAAAAUAUAUUUUACUGAUAAAAAUUCUGCCGUCGUGAAAUUUAAUCCAGACAUAAAUCAACAAAAACAGUUUGCUGAAAAUCUUGGGGGUAAUACAGAAAAUGGAUUGGCUGGUCAGUUUGUAGUUCAGUACGACGUAGAAAGGGAUCCUCAAGGAGGCGAGGUUUUAGUGAAAGAUGGAUAUUUUGUGCAUUUUUUCGCUCCUUCGGAAUUGGAACCUCUGCCCAAGCAUAUCGUGUUUGUUUUGGAUCACAGUGGCAGUAUGGGAGGAAGGAAAUUGGAUCAGCUCAUUGAAGCCAUGCAAAAUAUUUUAUCGGAACUUGACGCUAAAGACUUAUUCAAUAUCGUCAGAUUCUCUAGCGAUGCUUCAGUUUGGGAUCCUGUAGAAAAUAAAUUUAAGACAGUUGAAUUAACUACACCAAAAUAUGGAGAACUUGAACCAUACCUGAGAGAAGCCAAUUUACCUCAAGCAGCAGAAGCUACUGAGGAGAACAUUAAAAAAGCAAAAGAUAUUGUGACCGACAAGUCAUUAUUAGGUUCCACUAACAUAAUUGCAGGUUUAGAAGUAGGUGUAUUUUUAAUCAAAAGGACCCAGGAAAAUAAACCGAAAAAAUACGAGCCCAUGAUUAUAUUUUUGACGGAUGGUUUACCAAAUGUGGGAAUCUUUUCUAGAGAUGAAAUUACUAAUAUAGUGACAAAACUUAAUGCAGGUGAAAAAUCUGCAGCAAUUUUUUCCCUUUCAUUUGGUUCUGGCGCUGACAAAAACUUCUUAAAAAAAUUAUCUUCAAAGAAUCUCGGAUUUUCUAGACACAUAUACGAAGCAGCAGAUGCUUCUUUACAAUUACAAGAUUUUUACCGUUCGAUUUCAUCACCUUUAAUGAGUAAUAUUACCUUUAAAUAUGUAGAUGGAGCUUCAGAAGUGACAAAAACUCAUUACCCAAUUCUUUUUAAAGGUUCAGAAUUAGUCGUGGCAGGCCGAACUGGAUCAAACGUAGAUUUUCUGCCUCAUGUUAAAGGAAGUAGUAUUACUGGAUCUGUCAUUUUUAAUACAACUCGUACUGAACCGGUUACUUCUUUAGAAAGACUUUGGGCAUAUUUAACUGUAUCACAGAUGUUAAAACAAAGGGAAACCGCAGAAAAUAAAACAGAAUUGACAAAGAAAGCACUUCAAUUAGCAUUAAAAUAUUCAUUUGUAACGGACGUUACUUCUCUGGUCGUGGUUAAACCUAAUCAAACUGAUUCAGUCGACGCUGAAAUGGUAGCACCAACACCAGACUACCUUGGGUUAGUCAACCGUUAUGCUGGUGUCCGACCAUUAAUAGCUGGUGGAGCGCAGUUUACUUCUGGAAAUCAUACUUUCGCCGCUUAUGUCCCUCCUCUUGCUGUUGCUGACAGAAUUGUUCCACGCCCUACCUAUCCACCAUUCUAUCCAUCUACUACCACUGUACUGCCAACAUAUGCAACGACAGAACAACCAAGCAUUCCGCAAUGGCUUCAAGAUUUGAAAAACCAUAAUGAAAGUAUCACAACCCCUCAAGGUUCAUUUAAACUGGGUCGUGGUGGUGAUGUACCAAUUCGACCCAACUGUCCAAAAACUCCGAACAACAGUACUGGUGUAUGUACAAUUAUUUACGAUUGUCCUCAAGUGUUUUCAUUGUUAACGGACGUCAGCAUUUAUCUACAAUAUUUCUGUCCACUGAAUGAGUAUGCCGGCGUGUGUUGCCCCGUCCAAUAGCAAUCAGCCUAUAAUCAAUGACUAUGUAUUUAAAAUAAGACAUAGGUGCAAAUAACUAGUAGAACAAGAAUGUGAAGAUUUUCAACGCAAUUACACCUGGACACCGUUUGUAAAAUGUAAAAAAAAGUAUAAACAAAUAAAUGUUGCCAAUUUUUA